AUGGGUCUCCUGACGCAGUUCACUCUGCUCCUGUGGAAGAACUUCACUCUACGGAAGAGACAAAAGGUGCGACUGGUCAUUGAAAUACUGUGGCCUCUGUUUCUCUUCUUCAUACUGGUGGGGGUGCGGACCACUACGCAACCAAUUUACAAAGGCCAAUGUCACUACCCUAAUAAAGCCAUGCCAUCAGCUGGUGUGAUUCCCUGGAUUCAGGGUAUGGUGUGCAACCUUGAAAAUCCCUGUUUGCCUUAUCCAACUCCAGGAGAGACACCAGGCCAAGUGAAUAACUUCGACAACUCCAUAAUUUCUGGGAUGUUGAUAGAGCUGCAAACUUCCCUGGUGGACAAAUCUAUUCUCAGCAGGGCCCAGCUGCUAGCAAAUGGUGUUGACCAGUGGGCUUCAAUUUUGUCACAGCCUAACUCCGCUAAUGUCAUCCUGAGGAAUAUUCUACGAGACAAUGAAACUUUCUCCACACAUCUGAAACAAAAUUUAUCGGUGCCAACAGCAGUGGCUGAAAGCCUCAUGAAUGCCCGGAUUCAGGUCAAUCCAAUGAUGGGCAUCCCGAGGCCAGACAGCCUGAGGAGCAUCCUGUGUGAGGGGACAGAUCUGGAUCAGUAUGUCCAAUUUAGAAGCCAAGCUGAAAAGAAGGCUUUUCAGAAUGUCAGCUGCUUCCUGACUCCACAGCAGCUGAUUAACACCCAGCAAGUACUCCUGCAAAACCUGGAUGCAAGGAAAGUGCUCUUUGAGCUUCCAGCAGCUUUGAACCUGAAUGCAGCAGAUGCGGCGACGCUGAUAAGAAAAACCACUGCAAAUGCUUUACCGCUGAUUGAGGAGGUGGCCAGGUUGCAGAACUCCACGGCCUUUAAGGCUGCUAGUUCACUGAAUUUCCAAGGCGACCUGAUUGGCAGUAUCAAUAGGUUUCUGUGUGGAAAGCAGCCUGACUCCAAUUCCACCAAUAUGACCCUCAGUUUACUCUCACCUAGACAGAUGGCUAACAAGACGUCAAUUUCCAUUACGGGCAACAGUUCAGAUGCUUUUUGUCAGACUCUUGUCGACACCCUGGAGAGCACACCUGGUCUGCGCUACAUUUGGAGCACCUUCAAGCCAUUAUUGCAGGGGAAAGUCCUCUACACACCUGAUACACCUGCUGCUCGUCUCCUGGUGAAAGAAGCAAAUAGGACCUUUAACGCCUUGGCUAUGUUAAGGGAGCUGGCUGACUCUUGGGAUGAACUCGGACCACGUGUUUGGGAUUUUCUGCAAAAUAGCUCACAAGUCAAUACAAUACGGGCUCUGCUGUCGAAUCCUGUGUUUGCUGGUACCCUCAAGGCGCCUCUCAAUGGCACAGGGUGGACACCUGAGCUGCUGGCCAACUUCCUGUACAACGGGCCUCCGGAAGAUCGUCCACCCGGCAUGCCACCCACUGACUGGCGGAACGUCUACAACUCCACCUCGGAAAUGCUGAAGCUUCUCUCCACUUUCUUGCGUUGUUUGGAUCUGGACAAGUUUGAGGCGGCCUCCACUGAAGGCCAACUGGUGAAUAGAGCGCUGGAUCUUUUGAGAAAUGGUACGUUCUGGGCCGGGAUUGUCUUUGAAAACCUCCAGCUGAACUCCAGCCUCCCACCUCCUUAUGUCAAGUACAAAAUCCGCAUGGAUGUUGAUGAAGUAGAAAGUACCAGGACAGCAAGGAGAAGGUCAUGGUCUCCUGGAGCCAGAGACAACCCCUUUAACGACCUGCGCUAUAUAUGGGGAGGCUUCGCCUACCUGCAGGAUAUGAUUGACCAUGGCAUUAUACGGGCGCACACCUCAAAAACCCAACCACUGGGAGUUUUUGCCCAGCAAAUGCCGUAUCCUUGCUAUGUGGAUGACGCGUUCCUCCGUUCGCUGGGAAGCUCCCUCCCCUUAUACAUGACUUUAGCCUGGAUCUACUCUGUCGCCAUGAUCAUUAAGGGUAUCGUCGCAGAGAAAGAAGCCAGGCUUAAGGAGACAAUGAGGAUCAUGGGCUUGAGAAGCGACAUCUAUUGGCUGAGCUGGGCAGUUUCCAGUGUGCUGCUGCUGGCUGUCAGCUCUCUCCUCCUUACCCUUAUACUCAAGUACGGCAAAAUCCUCCAAUACAGCGACCCCUCUGUGAUCUUUGUCUUCCUCCUGGUGUUCUGCGUGGCCACCAUCUCUCAGUGCUUCUUCAUUAGCAUCUUCUUCUCUAAGGCCAACUUAGCAGCGGCGUGCGGUGGCCUCAUCUACUUUGUCCUCUACCUGCCGCACGUCCUCUGCUACGCCUGGAGGGACGUGAUGGGUUUCGGGGCCAAGGUUGCUGUGAGUUUAUUGUCAUGUGUGGCAUUUGGAUACGGCUGCGAGAACUUUUCUAAAUUCGAGGAGCAAGGCGUCGGUAUUCAGUGGCGCAACAUCGCCAAGAGUCCAGAAGAUGGGGGACGCUACACCUUCAUCACAUCCAUCAUCAUGAUGCUUAUUGAUGCUCUUUUAUACUGGGUGCUCACUUGGUACAUUGAAAAUGUCUUUCCAGGUCAAUAUGGAAUCCCUAAGCCAUGGUACUUCCCUUUUACUGCAUCUUAUUGGCGUGGAACGGCACGCGUGAUUGAUGAUAAGCCCAGUUUGCUGACAGACUCCAACGUACACAACGAGCAUAUGGAGAAACCGCCACCUAAUAUGACAGCAGGCGUCUCAAUCCAGAAUCUUGUCAAAAUCUACAAGACUGGAAAGAAGCUCGCCGUGGACGGACUGAGCGUGGACUUCUACGAGAACCAGAUCACAUCAUUUCUUGGCCACAAUGGAGCUGGAAAAACAACCACAAUGUCUAUUCUGACUGGACUGUUUCCACCUACAUCGGGAACGGCUCUCAUCAAUGGCUACGACAUUCGCACUGACAUGGACAGUAUCCGGACGUACUUGGGAAUGUGUCCGCAGCAUAAUGUCUUAUUCAAUGAGCUGACAGUGGAAGAGCACAUUUACUUCUACGCCCGGCUCAAAGGACGCAGUCGCCAAGAGGUUAAAACUGAGAUGGAUCAGAUGAUUAAGGACGUCGGUUUGCCACACAAACGGAAAGAACUUGCCAAGAACCUGUCGGGUGGCAUGCAGAGAAAGCUGUCCGUGGCCAUCGCGUUCGUGGGUGGCUCGAAAAUCAUCAUCUUAGAUGAACCUACAGCAGGAGUGGACCCCUAUGCCCGCAGGGGUAUCUGGGAACUGCUGUUAAAGUACAAACAAGGCCGCACCAUCAUUCUGUCCACGCACCACAUGGACGAGGCAGACAUCUUAGGAGAUCGCAUUGCCAUCAUCUCCCACGGCAAGAUGCGUUGCUGCGGCUCCUCCAUCUUCCUGAAGAAAUGCUUCGGCAGUGGCUACUACCUCACUCUGGUCAGAGACGGGAGUGGAAAGAUGACAGCUCAGCGUAACGGCAUCAUCGGUCAGGCCAAAGGGGGAAAGAAACAAAUGAACAAGAUCCACCGGUGCCAGCAGGGCGAGAGCGAUUACCAUUUGUCUGCCGAGUCUUCGAGCCCUCUGUGCCGGCUGUUCAGCUUCAGCUCUUUCCCCGUCUUUAGAAGUUGUUUUGGCAUAAUUUUUGUGACUUUCCAUCCAGCAAAUUUGUCAGCAGUGGGUCAGCUCGUGCAAACACACGUCCCUGAGGCAAUCUUCCUGGAAAGCAUCGGUCAGGAGAUCACCUACAUCCUGCCCUACGGAAGAGCUAAAGAUGGGACCUUUGGCACGCUCUUCCGAGAGCUCGACCGAGCCAUGGCCGACCUUGGCCUCACCAGCUAUGGCAUCUCGGACACCACCCUGGAGGAGAUAUUCCUUAAAGUGGCGGAGGACACUGGAGUGGAUGCAGAUAUACCACCGACAAAGGAGCUGUUUGUGAGAGACAGCAAAAGAAGGUCCCGCGAAGCCAAGAGGAACAGCAUUGCCAGCGUCCACUCAAAAACUGAGCAAACCACCGGGAAGAAAAAGUUCACAAGUAAAGUUGAAGACAUAAGGAAGAGCCCCAGUGACAGCGGGAGGGGAUCCGCGGUCAUCACCGGAUGGAAGCUGAUCAGACAGCAGUUCCUGGCGCUCUUUAUUAAGCGCUUCCACCACGCCCGAAGGAGCCGCAAAGGACUCAUUGCCCAGGUGGUCUUGCCUGCUUUUUUUGUCUGCCUGUCUCUGAUCUUCUCCCUCAUCGUCCCGCCGUUCACCGAAUUUCCACCCCUGGAGCUCCAGCCCUGGAUGUAUGGCCUGCCUCAAACCACCUUCUAUAGCAACGAUGGGCCAGGAAAUACGGAGGUGUCCCAGGUGGUGGAAAGCUUGUUGAACAAGCCUGGCUUUGGGACACGCUGCAUGAAAGGAGACCCUAUACCGAAUCUACCUUGUUCCUCCACGGGGUCUGAUUGGUUCACUCCCUCCGUGGAUCAGUCAGUCGCUGACAUCUUUCUGAAUGGAAACUGGAGCAUGUCUAACCCCUCCCCCGGCUGCGAGUGCAGCACUCCUAAACGGACAAUGAUGUUGCCCGACUGCCCGCCCGGUGCGGGCGGCCUUCCUCCGCCACAGAGGAUACAGAACACGACAGACACCUUGCUGAAUUUAACCGGACGGAAUAUGACGGACUUCCUGGUCAAGACUUUUGAGAAGUCUGGUAAAACAAGGUACGGAGGGAUCUCCGUCGGAGCAAUCAACUCUCAAGUUCGUUUGACGGAGGCAGCAAUCACGGAUACAUUCAGAGAUCUAAAAGGCCUAUUCAGUUCAGCUCAGGAUAACGUGACUGAUCAGAUCUACCAAAGCGCUGAGACGCUGCUCAAGAACCUGGGAACCAGGGACAACGUCAAGGUGUGGUUCUACAACCAGCUGCGGCACGCCGUGGCGUCCUUCUUUAGCGUGGCCAACAACGGCAUCCUGAGAGGAAAUCUGCCAGCGGGACAGGACCCGCGCCAGUACGGCAUCUCCGUCACCAAUCACCCCCUCAACCUCAGCAAAGAGGAGCUCGCCAGUGCGGCCAUGGCCACAACCUCCACUGACGUUGUGGUGUCCAUCUGCGUUAUCUUUGCCAUGUCCUUCAUCCCUGCCAGCUUUGUCCUCUUCCUAAUCCAAGAGAGGGUGAACAAAGCCAAGCAUCUGCAAUUUGUCAGUGGAGUAAACCCAGCUGUCUACUGGUUGGCCAAUUUUGCCUGGGACAUGUGUAACUACAUCGUCCCCUGCUUCAUCGUGAUUGUGAUCUUCCUCGCCUUCCAACAAAAAGCCUAUGUUUCCCCUCCUAACCUGCCGGCUUUGAUUCUCUUGCUUUUUUUUUAUGGCUGGGCUAUCACGCCCAUGAUGUACCCGUUCUCCUUCAUCUUCAGCGUGCCCAGCACAGCUUACGUGGUGCUGACCUGCAUCAACCUCUUCAUUGGUAUUAACAGCAGCGUGGCCACCUUUAUCAUGGAGCUCUUCAAUGAUGAUAAUAUCACCCAUAUCAACAACAUAGUGAAGCAGGUGCUGCUGAUAUUCCCACACUUCUGUCUGGGCAGAGGGCUGAUUGACAUGGCCAAGAACCAGGCAACGGCCACACUCUUCAGCAACUUUGGGGAGGACCGUUUCAAGAACCCGCUGAGCUGGGAAAUGGUGGGAAAGAACCUUUGUGCCAUGUCCAUCCAGGGAAUUGUCAUGUUUGCUGUUACAAUCCUCAUCCAGUAUAAAUUCUUCUGCAAACCAAGACUUAUUUCAGGGAAGUGGCUGCCUGCAGAGGAAGAGGAUAUCGAUGUUGCCAGGGAACGAAGGCGGGUGUAUGAAGGCGAAGCCCAGAGCAACCUUCUGAGGAUCUGUGACCUCACUAAGGUAUACCCUCGGAAGAGCACCCCUGCUGUGGACAGGCUAUGUGUGGGCGUUCCUGCCGCAGAGUGUUUCGGCUUGCUGGGAAUCAACGGAGCUGGAAAAACCACCACGUUCAAGAUGCUGACAGGAGACAUCCCAGUCUCCAGUGGAGAGGCCUUCCUAAAUGGAUACAGCAUCCGAACUGAGAUGAGGUCCGUUCACCAGAACAUGGGCUAUUGCCCCCAGUUUGAUGCUCUCGAUGAGCUGCUGACUGGACGAGAGCAUCUGGAAUUUUACGCCCGGCUACGAGGGGUACCGGCAAGCGAGGUCGCCAUGGUGGCUGAGUGGGGGGUCCAGAAGUUGGGGCUAGCCAAAUAUUCCAACAAAUCAGCAGGAACCUACAGCGGCGGGAACAAGCGCAAACUUUCUACAGCGAUAGCCCUGAUCGGCUGUCCUCCAGUGAUUUUUCUGGAUGAGCCGACCACCGGGAUGGACCCCAAAGCCCGACGCUUCCUGUGGGACUGCAUCCUGAGCGUCAUCAGAGAGGGACGCUCAGUCGUUCUCACAUCACACAGCAUGGAGGAGUGUGAAGCGUUGUGCACACGCAUGGCCAUCAUGGUAAAUGGUCGCUUCAAGUGCCUCGGGAGCAUCCAGCAUCUGAAGAGCAGAUUUGGUGAUGGCUACACUGUGAUUGUGAGGGUCGGUGGCUCUCCGCCCGCACUGAAGCCAGUUGAGGACUUCGUCCAGAAGACCUUUCCGGGCAGCGUUCUCAAAGAGAAGCAUCACAACACAUUGCAGUAUCAGUUCCCACACGCACAGGGAGCUUUGGCCAAUAUCUUCAGCCAGUUCACCAGGCAUCAGCGGAGGCUGCGUGUGGAGGACUACUCGGUGUCCCAGACAACUUUGGAUCAGGUCUUUGUGAAUUUUGCGAGGCAGCAGCACGAUGAAGAGGACUCUGAGGCCUAUAGCAACCCGGUGGACGUUUCAGACGAGCUGCCAUUGGGGAAUCUGAGGACCUCCCAAGGAGCAGAAAAGGUGUAAAGCGCACGAGAAAAGAACCGCAUCUACAGUCGUCCAGCGAUAUGCCUUUAAAAUAAGGGAAUCUGCAGUAUUUGCACUGGCAAACAAAUGAGUUCCUAACCUAAUUUAGCUUUAAUUACUAAAUAAUUAUUAUUACUAAAUAUAGCAUGCCCCUGCUUUCAGGGUUUAUCAGCAGGCUUGCAAAGUUUGCAAUUAUUCAUGAUGUUUUCCAUAACUGUCCCUCGCCAAGCCAGUUUUUUAACUCAUUUACAAAUGCCUGAUUUUGUAGCCUUCCUUUCAUUCUGACACCGUAAAUAGUUGGUUACAGUGAAUGCUACUGCAAAGUUUGUGGAGUUUUCUAGAACUCCCUGGUUUGACACAAGAAGGGCGGGUUACUGCACUAAAAUCGUGACGUAUUCAACUCGAUUAUCCAAAUUCUUCAAAAUGCAGAGUCAAUCAAUUUACAUUUAAAAUAAAAUAAUUCUUUUUCUUUUUUACCACACAGGCUGAUUUCCAUUUGACAAAAACCAACUUUAAGAGCAAAGCCUGACAAAAAUGACUUAAUAAGAUUGUAGGUGCGAGUGCAGGAAAUGCUGUAUUUCACAAAGGUUAAACAACUGAAAUAACACCACUUUGGUUUUGUUUGCACAUUUAUUGUAGAUCAUUCCACCACAUCUCCCUCUGUGCUUCCCCUAGCAUCACAAAUUGCACAGCACUACCUCAGCCUUGACCUUCAGAUUGACUGAUGCUUUAGACUCCUAUCAUUUGUUUACGUUUGCUGCUGAUUGAACAAAGAUAAAUCAACUCAAAAAGUCUAAAGCAGCAGUUAGUUUCAGGCUGCCAUCCCAGCUGCUGAUAGGCACUCCAGUGAUAAAUAACUACUCUGCCACAUCUAUUGGCUUUGUAUCUGAAGGAGCCUACAAUUAGCUGUAGAUGGUGUUCAAUAACAAGCACUGAGUUUGCAGCAGUGGCUGUCAAACAUGUUGCGCCUGCAAGAAAGGUGCUAAAUGUUUGCACCGGCCAAAGCUUGCAGGGCUUUAUCUCUAUUAUAUGUAGGCAUCAGGAAUGUAAUCGAGCGCACGUCAAAUGUUUCAUGAGAUUUAGUAAUGAAUGUAUGAGCAAAAACAUAUUUUUAUUUAUAUUUUGUUAGCUUAUAAGGCCUUAAAUUUUAAGAUCCUUCUGCUCUAUUUUUCUUGUAAUAAUGUGUCACAUGAAAUGCUGGCUUUGGCAUAGUGCACCUUCUACAUAAGUAGUUAUGCCUCUGAAGAUGUGGUCAUAAUCUUAAUCACACAUAAUCCUGUUUUCUUUUUAUACUUUAAGUUGCAUUGAUCAGAUACGGGUACCUAGCUAGCUAAGCUUGUUAGCUUCCUUCUUAGCCACGGACGCAAUGCUUUGUUACUCAAAGCUAACUUGCUAUACUUGCUAGAGUUUUAGCCAUAGCUAAAUACCAGAUGUGAUGACACAUGGGUGAAUCUAAGACAUCUAUUGUAGGACACAGCAUAAGCACAAAGGAAACUGAGAUAGAUUUUCUUAUUUUUAUAUAGUAUAUAUAUAUACCAAAAUUUGCAUAAAAACUAGCAUAAACUCAGGACUUCACGGAGUUCAAGUGAGAAACAGGAUCAUGUUUGUCCUUUUCUAGACUUCUGUACACUUGUUCCUUUUUUGCAACUCGAGGAGUCACCCCUUGCUGGUCGCUGGAAGAGAUUUGCAAAAUCCAUCUUCUAAAUACAGUCUAUGUUAUUGCUCAUUCCUUUAGCAUGUAAAGCCUUUGUUUGGUCUGGAAAAUAGCUGAUUGCGUUACUUAAAUUUUCAGCUACCUAUGGUGUCAAGAAUGCGUAAAAACUACAGAAAUAUAUUUUUUAAUGUAUUUUUUUUUAAAGUUAUUACAACAUACAAUUAAAUUGUACCGACAUAUGUAAACUUUGGGCAAACUGUACACCUUAUACUCCAAUUCCAAAGUAAAGGUUAACUCAGGAAGGUUUUAUGUGCAAUACUUACAUGCUUAUACAGAGAGUGACAUUUAGUUCUGUGUCUUUUACUGUAUGUACUGUGCGACAUCAAGAGGUUAUGUCACUGUCUCGCGCAGCUUGUGCUCGCAUUACGUUGCGCUUUUGUGUUCAGGAUGUAAAUAAGUCCACACUUCACUCCUCACAGGCUUUCUUGUUUGCUUUCAGAGCCUGACAUAAUUUGUAUGCUUUGCUAAGUCCUCACAUUACUAUCAUGCCCGUUGCAAAAAUAAUGAAUCCUGUUUGCACUGAAUAUUGCUCUAUGCCAAGACAAGUGAUUAAACAUUUGCACAAACUGUAA